ACGCUAACAUACACUGGAAAUCAUCCAAUGAAGAAAAUCACCUUCUCCAGGAAUUACACUGUAAAUCAGAUUCAGUUUCGACAUGGAGGAGCAUCGACUGAGAACUCAGAGACUACUUACCUUUAGCGUGAAUAGUUACCACUUUCGGUGAAGAAGAGAUGAAGCAUCUCAAUUUUGGACCUCAAUCAAAUAAGAUCCGUGGAGAUUCUACGGGAGUUUCCAGCGAUCAAAAGGGAUGUAUUUUUGGACAAUUUCCUUCCAAUAGCAGCGAUCCGUGUUGAAUAGUUUCCUUGCAGGUUUUCUUUCCUUCUGCGAUAGCGAAGAUGAGAAAAGAAUAGGCGAGACGUCGGAGGCGGCGUGGUAUCGGGAGUUAAUGUUGUUUCUAUGUAACCCUAGAGCCAUGGUAUCUUCACUGCUAAAGAUGGUAGAAGAAUGCAUCCCUAUUGAUAUAUUGACGUUGGAAUCCAAGAAAUGUGUGAUUACAGCACGGGUGUCGCGCCUAUGGGAUUCUUACAGAUUUCAUGAUGAAAAAGACCUACUGAGUACAGAUAUGGUGCUCAUUGAUAAACAGGGCUCAUAUAUCCAUGCCUCCAUUAAGGAGAAUUUUUCGCAUUUGUUCAAAAACCGUAUUGCUGAAGGAAUUGUUAGAACUCUUUCAGAGGACUCCCUGGGAAUACCAACAUCAGCAAUAACUGAUGUGGUGGGCCAAGUAUGUUGCGAGGGAGAGGUUAUAAAUAAGAAUAGUCGUGGAAACAGUGUUCCUUCCUUGAUGCUUGAAUUACAUGAUCUAAGAGAUGAAAAAAUGCGGCUUACACUAUGGGGUGAGAGUGUUGAUAACUACAUGAGACAAAAAUCAUUGCUUGAAAAUGGAAUCAUUGUUGGAGUUUUCACGUCAACCUUGGUCAAGCGAUACAUGAUCGUUAGAUCUCUUUCAGAGGACUCCCUAGGAAUACCAACAUCAGCAAUACCGAAUCAUCGGUUUGAUUUACUUGAUUUUGAUAAGGUUGAGUCUAGAAUGGGGGAAACAUACAUUUUAACUGAUGUGGUGGGCCAAGUAUGUUGCGAGGGAGAGGUUAUAAAUAAGAAUAGUCAUGGAAACAGCGUUCCUUCCUUGAUGCUUGAAUUACAUGAUCUAAGAGAUGAUAAAAUGCGGCUUACACUAUGGGGUGAGAGUGUUGAUAACUACAUGAGACAAAAAUCAUUGCUUGAAAAUGGAAUCAUUGUUGGAGUUUUCACGUCAACCUUGGUCAAGCGAUACAUGAACAAUGCUGUUUUGUCAUCAACUUCAGCUACAAAGAUUUAUUUAGACCUUGACAUUGAUGAGGUUCUUGCCUUAAAAAAGAAGAGCAGUUCUUUGCCAAGGGGACAUAUAAUUCAACCGCUUAUCAUCGAGCAACAAGAGCUGGAUCGACAUGCUGUUUUAAGCAAAUUGAAAACCAUUGGCGAGGCUUUAGAAAUUACAAAGACAGAUUUUAAAGAUGCACUCUACUAUUUUGUGUUGCUACAAUAUAUGACAUCCACACCAAUAAUGGAUGGUACUACAACUCAUGUGGCUGCAAGGGAAUAAUUAAGGUGUACGGACGAAGUUUUUGGUGCAAGAAGUGCAAUAAGACAGUGAAUGAUCCCAUUCCAAGAUUUCGAAUUGAAUUAGGAGUCAAGGAUGCCACAGAUUGUACGAAGUUCAUUGUGUUUGAUGAUGUUGCUGAGAAGAUGAUAGGACAAUCUGCCCCUAGCAUAUAUGAUAUGCAAGAGAAACUGGAGGAGAGUGAAAAUUCUGUGGGCGAAGUACCUGCUAUUAUUGCAAACCUUAUCGGGCAACGAUUUGUUUUCUGUGUCAAGCUUACCGAAUACAACAGGACUGCAUAUAGACAGAGUUUCACAGCGAAUAAGGUUUUGGCGGAAUCAAUUUUGGAACAACCAAGGAAUGAAGAGAUGAAUGCUCCAACGGUGCAGCUGGCGCUCUAUGAUGAUGGACCAAGUAAAAGAAGACGUUUAAGUGAGGAGAAUGCUUGAGGCCAUGAAGAUUCACACGAAGAAUAAGAUGCAAUACUUUUCUUGCAAUGAUAUGAUGCUAUAUUACUUUUCAGUAUUUAGAAGUACAAAUAAGGGUAACUAACCCAAAAAGACUUUUUAAGCUUAAAGAGUUUGUUCGUUUUAGUCNUUCUCAGUUUUUGUUAAGAGGAUACGACCAAUUAUAUUAGGCAUAAUGAUCUGCAGGCUGUUAAGAAUAACUUUUAUAUACAGUAUAAAAAGGAUACACGGCUUACAAAACUAACACCCACUACAGUCUUGGUAAAGAAACCGCAUUAUCAAGCAGGAAAAAGGCAAUACAAGUCCCACACUGCAGAACGACAACAUCACUAAAUGAAGCAUACAUGUAUGGAAAUCCAUUAAUGAGUGUUUACGAAGCAAUGGCUAUACUGGACCAGAAACUGUGCUUGGUGCUGAAAGGAAUGCUGCUAUUUUGACACCAAAACCCGGUGCAAGGGAUCCAUCUGCAAUUCCUUCUAUAUGUCACAUAUCUGCUGCACUUCAGUCUACUGCAAGUUCACAAGAUUAAACUAACAAGAGACAAGGGAAUUUUACUACUUCAUGAUUCAAAUGACAAAGAAACUUAAUCUCAUCUCUUAUGCACUCUUUCUUAAAUUUUCUUAAUGCUGUAUUUUUUGAAGAAACUCUUUGUUAUACUAAAAAACCCACUUAAGACAACACAAAUAUCUCAAAAUAAAAAACCGCCCUUACUCACAUCCUUAUGUUUUUUAGCAUGGCUUUGUAUUUCUUUGUUCUAUAUUUCCCAAACAUCUGCUGCAACACUAUUCAGAAAGGCCUGGUCUUCUCUCACAAGAUUAUCAACUACAGCUCCUCUGCCCUAUCUCCCUGCGCAUCUCCUCGAAUCCCCAUCAUCGCCAUCAAAUUACAUACGAACCUGCUCGCCUUUAUCCAUUGAGAAACCAGUUCUGAGUAAAAAGCCAUUAAAUCGUCAUCUCCGGCUUUCCUUCCUCCUAGCCGCCGCUGAUGCAGCAGUCCGAUCGCCGCCACUGUCGCACCAAGUAGGUCGCCUUGUAUGAUGUUUUCUGCUUACUUUUAGACAUUUGCUGACUCACAAAAUAUUUCUUCUAUUUGCCGUUCCGCACAUCGAUCGACAAAUCAAUAUUCAACCAUCUUAUCUGGAUCCACUUCACAUUCUGCAAGUCACACGUGCCGUGAACACCGAUUCAUACCAAAAUCCAGAAACCCAUCACGGCCGUCUCGCCUUCCCAGUUCCUUUCUGCAUCUUCAAAAGUCCGGUUGCUGCCAAUUAAUCGAUUAGGGUUUGUCAUUUCAUAAGCUCUAUUUUUACCCCAUUAAUUCAUAAACCUAUAUAUAAGCUUUUUUCAUUUUCAUUUUCACUUAGUAUUAUUGUUUUAAAAAAUAUGCAUAUUGUAAAUAAAUGAUUUUAAUAUGU